UACGUGACGUCAUUAAGAUGACAUGAAAUUACGGAAAUCAGAAAUGGCUGCGAUAGGUAGUGGACGGGGAGCGAUGGAUUCCCAAAAUCAAGUGCAAAGUGAUACUGUGGAUCGUUUAAAAUUGCUUUAUCCAAAUGUGAAUGAAGAAGAGACACCCUUGCCGCGUUCGUGGAGCACCAAGGACAAGUUCAGCUACAUCGGUCUAUCGCAAAAUAAUCUACGAGUCCAUUACAAAGGUGGGACGCAGGGCCCGGGCCGAAGACCCCACCUGCCCUACCUCCACUUACGCCUCUGGAUGUAUCGUCACGGAAAGACGCACAGGGACGCUGCGAGUGUCCGAGCCACGCACCCGAUCCCGGCGGCGUGUGGUCUGUACUACUUCGAGGUGCGGAUCGUGUCGAAGGGCCGCGAUGGGUACAUGGGCAUCGGCCUCUCCGCCCAUGGUGUUAAUAUGAACAGACUGCCUGGAGUUGGGCGGUUUCCCCCAGGCUGGGACAAGCACUCGUACGGGUACCACGGCGACGACGGGCACUCGUUCUGCUCGUCGGGCACGGGCCAGCCGUACGGGCCGACGUUCACCACGGGCGACGUCAUAGGCUGCGGCGUCAACCUCGUCGACAACACCUGCUUCUACACCAAGAACGGACAUCAUCUCGGCGUCGCGUUCAGGGGACUGCCGCCCAAUUUGUAUCCGACGGUGGGGCUUCAAACCCCGGGCGAGGUGGUAGACACCAACUUCGGGCAGCAGCCGUUUGUGUUCGACAUCGAGGACAUGCUGCGUGAGCUGCGCGCGCGCACGCGGCUCGCCAUCGACGAGUUCCCGCUGCCCGACGAGCAGGGGCAGUGGCAGCAGGUGUUGCACAGAAUGGUAUCGACGUACUUGGUACAUCAUGGGUAUUGCAGCACCGCGCAGGCGUUCUCGCGCGCCACCGGGCAGCCCAUUGACGAGGAUAUAGCAUCUAUUAAAAAUAGACAAAGGGUGUCGAAGCUGGUGCUGGCGGGGCGCAUCGGCGAGGCCAUCGAGCUGACGCGGCGCCUCUACCCUGCGUUGCUCGAGCGCGACGCCGAGCUGCUGUUCCUGCUCAAGUGCCGCCAGUUCGUCGAGAUGGUCAACGGAUCGGAUUCCGAGGUGUGUGGCGACAAGGCCAACGGCGCCAGCAACGGCGUCGCCACCUCCGUCAUCUCACACACCAGCCGCGCGCCGCAUCUGCGCCAUCAGCCCAAUGGUGUGGCUGGUGGGUCUGAAGAUGGCGAGCCGCGCGACGUGGACAUGUCGCCCGCGCCGCCCGCCGCGCACGCCGCCGCGAGCCCCGCGCCGCACGCCGCGCCGCACGCCGCGCCGCACACCGCGCCGCACGCCGCGCCCAACGCCGAGCCGCACCCCGCCGCCAACGGCGACCAUCAAGGUUCGGAGGAGUUGCCGCUCGUGAAGGGAAUGCCGGGCGUCACCGCCAGCGUCGCCGCGCUCAUGCCCGACUUCCGCGCGGAAGGGGAAGGCGGGUGUGGUACUCGCGCGUCGGUGGAGCGCAUGCUCGCGUUCGGCCGAGAGCUGUACGCCAUGAGCCAGAAGCUCCAGCAGGAUGUCUACCACAAGUCUAUGCUCGAGGAUGCAUUCAGCCUGUUGGCAUACAGUAACCCAUGGGACAGCCCCGUGGGCUGGCAGCUAGAGCCCGUACGACGUGAGGCCGUUUGCGAGGCGCUCAAUUCCGCCAUAUUAGAGUCUCAGGGCAUGCAGUGGAGCUCGCCGGUGGAGGCGUGCGUGUCGCACUCGCGCGCGCUGCUGCGGCGCAUGUCGCGCGCGGGGCUGGGCGCGUGCGCGUUCGCGGACCUGGCGGCGCUGCUACGGCGCUGACCCCGCGCCGCGCCCC